CAAAAAAAAAGAAAAGAAGUGAGUGAUUGGGUUCAAUUAUGAUGGGAAAUGAAUUACUAGAAAAUAAUUAAAAACGAAAAGAAAGAAAAAGCCAAAGGAAAAGAGGUCGGCUUCCCUUUCGGUUUGGCCGGUUUGCCCAUCUGUCUUCUGUCUCUCUCUCCGUCUUCAUCAAGCAAAGCAAAGCAAAGCAAAGCAAAGGCUCCUCCUUUUCUUCUCUCUCUCUCUCAUCUCUCUACACAGAAGACACCAUCGAACACUCUAGUGAGAGGCAGACAUCGAGACAAGUCUCAGCUUUGGCGACAAAACCCAGAUUUGACCGGAGCUAAAAAGGGUGUGGGGAUCUAUAAUUGAAGAAGAGAAUCAAGAUGCGCAGGUGGAUCUGUUGUGGGCAUAAAUCAGGAGACUCUGAUUUAUCAAAUGAUGAGCAACAUCUGAAGAGUCAAUGGCAACAACCUGAUGCAGCAAAUCAAAAGCCAAGACCACAACAGCCUGUUCCAAAACCUGCUGCGGCAAAGGAAGCUCUCCCUAUUGAAGUUCCUCCCUUGUCUGUAGAAGAGGUUAAAGAAAAGACAGACAAUUUUGGAUCAAAGUCGUUGAUUGGUGAGGGAUCUUAUGGAAGGGUGUAUUACGCAACGCUAAAUGAUGAGAAAGCAGUGGCUUUGAAGAAACUCGAUGUUGCUCCUGAAGCUGAAACAAACGCUGAGUUCUUGAGUCAGGUGUCCAUGGUUUCAAGACUGAAGCAUGAUAAUCUCAUUCAACUGGUCGGUUAUUGUGUCGAUGAAGACCUCCGUGUUCUUGCUUACGAGUUUGCAACGAUGGGAUCACUGCACGACGUUCUACAUGGUAGGAAGGGAGUUCAAGGUGCACAGCCAGGUCCAACACUUGAAUGGAUAACGAGGGUGAAGAUAGCCGUUGAGGCAGCUAGAGGUUUAGAAUACCUUCAUGAGAAGGUUCAGCCUCCUGUUAUACAUAGAGACGUAAGAUCUAGCAAUGUGCUUCUCUUUGAAGACUACCAAGCGAAAGUUGCUGAUUUCAAUCUCUCGAAUCAAGCUCCUGAUAAUGCUGCUCGUCUUCACUCUACAAGAGUCUUGGGCACAUUUGGUUAUCACGCUCCAGAAUAUGCUAUGACUGGACAGUUGACACAGAAGAGUGAUGUGUAUAGCUUUGGGGUUGUACUACUAGAGCUUUUGACUGGGAGGAAACCUGUGGAUCAUACAAUGCCACGCGGUCAACAAAGUCUCGUAACAUGGGCUACACCGAGACUCAGUGAAGAUAAAGUGAAGCAGUGUGUUGAUCCAAAGCUAAAAGGAGAGUACCCUCCUAAAUCAGUAGCUAAGCUAGCAGCGGUGGCAGCAUUGUGUGUGCAAUACGAAUCUGAGUUUAGACCGAAUAUGAGUAUAGUUGUGAAAGCUUUGCAACCACUUCUCAAACCUCCAGCGCCAGCAGCCCCAGUACCUGAAUCCUGAGGUUCUGUAACAGAGUUGGAUUCUUUGUUCAUAAAAAAAAGUAUAAGAUCAUAUCUAUGUUGUUUUUCUUUGUGAUGGGGUUGUUAGUUGGCAUUUUGGUGUGACAGGAGAGUACUUAAUAGUUUGCAUUUGUUUUUAUGUCUGGAUUGGAAACAGGCUGUUUUGCUUUGCUUGUUGUGGUGGAGAGCAACUAUGUAUUUGCAUUUGCUGUUUCUUUGAAUUUUUCCUUAUAGAUAAGGGAAUCAUUUGAAUGUAUUUGGUCUGACUAUAUUGACAACUCUAAACUCUUU